AUGAGCACUACACGCAACAGCGACCUUUCCCGCUUCUUUUUCGCUGCUGACACAGACCGCUAUUUUGUCUGCAACUACUGUAGCGCCCGGCACAAGCAGAUCCCUUCAAGUGGCUACGCAAAUAUGAUCAGCCAUUUCAAGGACAAGCACCCCGGUUACGUUGAAGACUACAAGUCCCAUCAAAGCAGACAGGCGGGUUUGCAUAGAACCUUUGGGUUUGUCAACCCUACCGCAUCCAACAUGUAUCGAUGGAUCGAGUGGGUCGUCGCCCGUAACAUGCCGUUAAGCGAGGUCGAUGAUCCAUUCACUAGAGGCAUGUCGAAACUUCAGCCUGUCUGUUCAAAGACGCUCAAGCGAUACAUGACUUUACUUGUUGCUGCUGUCGAGGCUAAGAUUACUGCCGAGAUGUCAGGGCAGUAUGGCUACAUGUAUGAUGCAUCUACGUUCUAUCUGGAGAACUACGUGGACAACAUCAAGCAUAGUGUAACUCUGAAGCUACAGCUAGAGGACGUGAUGUUAGCCGAUGUACGAGCUUUGUUUGACUCCAUCAUCGAGCGCUUCCCAACGACCAAGGCUAAGUUGAGUGCGACUGCUACUAUCGUCCAUUUUCCUACUUUUGAAGCAGCCGCAGUGAAGGUCAAUAAUGGAGAGGUUGGCAGUCUGACGGCCAGUGAGCGGAAGGCAAUCAAGCGCUUUGAGGUGGAGACGGCGUCGGCAAGCUCUGGCAGAAAGCGCAAGCGGCGUGAUGACGAUGAGAAGGAGGAAGACUUCGCUACGUCGGUGCUGAGAGCAAAGAAGGCGAGCGGGAGACAAACAUCGGCUUCCUACUCCAAGCUCAUAGAGAAGCUGCCUCCAACCAACAACCACUAUGAGAGUCUUCUCCCAGUCCAAGCUAGUACUGACGCCGCAACGAGCAUCUUUGUUGCCUGUGAACUUUGA